GUGGUUUGGAUCAUAGUCAGGCAAAGAUUUUACAAGUUCAGAUAUGAUUUUAUGAGACGUGUGUGAGAAGUGUUAAAUGUUGGUAUUAUGUGAAAAGUAUCUAAAACGUGUGUAUGCGUAACAUGUUUCUAUAUUGAUGUAGAUUUGUUUGGAUUUCAAGUUUAAAAGUGACUUUGUUAAAAUCAAUUAAUCUUAAAAAUGGCUUUUUCGUCUUCAGUUAAGGGUUCGGAUGAAGUGAAGGACUAUAUUUGUAAUGCCUGUGAAGACCAAAAUAAUGAAGAGACAAGUGCUGACUUUUAUUGUAAACAGUGUGAUAGGUUUUAUUGUGGAAACUGUAUAGAUCAUCAUGGUAAAGCAUUGGCCAAACAUACUGCAUUUGGAAGAGUAGAUAUAGAUAAAUGGCCAGUUUCUAAAAAAGAUCUGGAUUUUCUACAAACUUGUGAUGAACACAGGAACAAUAAACUUGACAAGUUCUGCAAGGAACACAGACAGCUGUGCUGCCCUCAGUGUGUAUCUGAUCAACACAGCCAGUGCAGUAAAGUGUUUCCCAUUUCUGGGUUGACCAGCACACAGUCCACAGACCUGCAAGGACUCUCAAUGAAGCUUGAAACUAUUCUUAGAGACAUGAAGAGCUUACAGAAAAAUCAGGAGGCCAGUAUGCAGACAUUGCAGGGAUCAUACACUGAACAUGAGGGGUCUGUGAUACAACAACUGUGUCUGAAUAUAAAUACUACUGUGGAUGCAUGUUCUGAUAGUACUGUGAGCAUGUCCGAUGAAAAUGAACAAUAUAUUAAAGACAAUUUGUGCAAGAGUGUUAAUUCCAUCUUGGGAAAAUUUGAUUGUAGUACUGUGAAGGAACUGAUUGAUAUCAAAGAUGAAGUUAAAAACAUACAAGGUUCUAUUACAGAUUCUUUUUACAAGUGCAUUCGUCUUAACAAUGAAUUGUCACGAUACCAUGACUUAAUUCAGAAAAUAGGGGAUAAUAAGGAGCUCUACUUCAUAGCCACAGUUAAAUGUGAGCAGGCAUUGACUAUGCUGGGAAAGUCAGGCCAUGUUUUUACUGUCCAGGGAAAGUCGGAGCAUAAUGUGAAAAUUCCAAGUGAUUCAGACACCUGCUGUAUAGCAGCCAUCUGUGUGAUCCCAAAUGGACAGGUCCUACUUGCAGACAGCAGUAAUAAGACAGUCAAACUGCUUGAUCAGCAGUACUGGGUGGUGAGUCACUGUAGUGUUAAUUCUGAACCAAGGGGCAUGUGUGAGAUCACACCCAGUAAUGUGGCUGUGGUUUUGAAUGAUGAUAACACACAUGAGGUCCAGUUUAUCACAGUCAGCCAGAGCCAGCUUUUUCCUGGGAGGAAGUUUUGGUUACAGCAUAGAUGUGAAGGCAUUGCCCAUGACCAGGGAGACCUGUUCAUUUGGUCUGAUACUGCCCUGUUUAAGUACUCACUGAGUGGCAAACAGGUCUGCAGACUGUACCAGGAUAUAUCAGGUGAUUAUACAGUUUGGAAGUGUGCUGUGAGUCCAACAGGGGACAAGCUGUACAUUUCAAACUGGGACCACAAAAAGCUCCUGACACUGGCCAGGGAUGGAACACUCCUGGCUAUAUUCAUAGACCCAGAACUAGCAUACCCACUUGGUGUUCAUGCGACCCCUGCAGGUCAGGUGCUGGUCUGUGGAUACUGGUCCAACACUGUACUACAGGUAGAUUGUGUGGAGAUGAAGAAGCUGGCCACUCUGGCUACAGAAAAGGAUGGAGUGUUGGCACCAUGGUCAGUCUUCUUCAACAGCACCACAUCCUCGAUCAUUGUGGGACAAUAUGGGAGUAACAGCAUCCUGGUGUUAAGAGUGUGAUUAAGUAUAUAACACAUUUCGGCAUAUGUUAUUAAUACUACAUUGACAAUUUGUUAUGGUAAAAUGAAAGAGAAUGUGUGUUGUUGCAGAUACACAUAAUUUGCGCACACAUAUUUAUAUCCAUUUUUGAAAUGUGAAGUUUGUCUUUGAAAGUAAGAAUUGAUAUGUACAACUUUAUGUUGUUUUAACAAUUGUUUCAGAUUGUCCCAAUUAACAAGCAGUCAUAAGCUGUAUAUUGAAUACAUGUACAUGACACUUUCGCUAUUUUAAGACUUUCAUUUAUACGUACUCUUAAGAAAUUUACAUGAAACAAUCAUAUUAAAACAUGGCACAUUAAUGUCAUUGUUUAUGAAUAACUUUUGUGAAAUAUUUAAUUGUUUUAAGUAAUCUCAGUGUAAAAUAAAUUGAGUUUUUAGUACUGUUAAACUUUAAAAUAUGGAUACAAAGUUGGAAAUUGGGUAUUUUUACAUGUUAAUUCUGAUAAUAAUUUAUUGUAUAUAAUGUCAACGUUAUGUAUGGGUAAAGCUUAAACAGUCAAACAGUUAGGACAAACAAAUUGGACUAUUCCUUUUGUAAUGCAAAUUGUAUUCUUGUUUCCAAGUUUUCACAUAAUCAAUAAUACUAUUCUAUCCAUAGACAAUUUGAUUGUCUGACGAGAAAAGUUGUUCCAUUUACAUGUAAACACUGACAUGGUAUUAACUUCAUAUUAUUCUAUGGCAUUGUUGCUACAUCUGUUGCAAAUGUUCAAAAUGAAGACAUGCAAAGAUGAUUGGAUUAUAGUUACAUUUAAUUA